GAUUAGGUGUAAAUAAUUUCAAUAACCUAACUCAUAAACAAAUAACCAUAGUUUAGUUUACAAAUAAACUUAACUAUAUAUAUAUAUAUAUAUAUAUUAAGGGGAUAUAAAUUAAUGUGAAAUAAAAUAGUUAUUUGUUAUUUGGUGAGGCGAGUUCUUCUCUGAACCCACACAAUAUCAACAAAAUAAAUGUCUGUAAAAGAACCAAUCUUUUUAUAGAAGAGUUGGUAGAGAAAAACUUGCCUUGUUCUUCACUAAAACACAAUUUGUUUAUCCCCCAAAUUUGAAGGAAUUCCACUCAUUUUAGGCCUUUUUUUCCCCAAACUUCAACUAACAAAAUCACCCAUUGCCACCAAUUUUAAUUUAAUUCUAUACACAUUCUUUGUGCUUUCAAUUCUCUUUCUCCCCUUUAAAAGAGCCUAUAAAUUCACCAAACCACAUAAAUCCACACUCCAUCAUUUCUCAUUUUUAAUUCCUUGGCCUCCCCUUGGAGGCUUUGUUUCUAAUUCCUCUAAAUAAACCGACCCUAUUAAUUACUUACUUUGUUUUUCUUUUCAUCUUUAUUUUUCUUUUACAAGCUUCAAUGAGUUCUUUUUUCAAACAAGUCAUUCUUCUUACCUUGCUAUUAGUAGCAUUGGUUGCUGUCGACGCCAAGCUGCUUCCCGGGCCGAUCUUGCCGGACCCCUUUCGAAAUGUUAAUUUAGGGAAGGACAUUAAACAUAGAAAGGAAACAGUGUUUAAUGUGUUGAGUUUUGGUGCCAAACCUGAUGGCAAAACAGACAACACUGAGAGUUUUAUGAAGACAUGGGUGGCAGCAUGUCACUCCAAGGGAGCUGCGAGAGUUGUUAUUCCUAGUGGCACUUUUUUGAUCAAUCAAGUUGCAUUUGCUGGGCCAUGUGCUUCUACAAGUCCUAUCGUCGUUCAAAUUGACGCGACGUUGAAAGGAGGCAUCGACAUUAGCAAUUACUUCUCGGAUGAAUGGAUAUUGUUUGAGAAGAUCAAUGGUUUGAUUGUCACUGGCAGAGGUACUUUAGAUGGACAAGGUAGUGCUGUUUGGGAAUACAAUGAUUGUGGUAUGAAUCCUAAUUGCCAGAAACUCCCUGUUAAUUUAAAACUCAGUGGCAUCACACAUGGGCUUGUGAAAGGCAUUAGUUCCGUCAACAGCAAAGGGUUUCACAUGUUCAUCACAAACUGUGAGAAUGUUAGGCUAAGAAAACUGCACAUAACAGCUCCAGAAACCAGUCCAAACACUGAUGGCAUACAUGUCAGCCGCUCGAACAAUGUCAAAAUAUCGAGAUCUGUCAUUGCCACUGGUGACGAUUGCAUCUCUCUUGGUCGAGGAUCGAUGAAUAUCGCCAUCAACAAAAUCACCUGCGGUCCGGGACACGGUAUCAGUGUCGGUAGCCUCGGAAAGUACCAAAACGAGGAGGACGUACGCGGUAUUAUCGUCAAGAACUGCACAUUAGUAAAAACGGACAAUGGACUUAGAAUCAAAACAUGGCCAGAUUCACCCCCAAGUGCUGCAUCAGGCAUACUAUUCCAAGACAUCAAUAUGAUCGAUGUCAAGAAUCCCAUCCUCAUAGACCAAGAAUACAGCUGCUCAAAAACCAAUUGCCAAAAGCCGCCAUCACGAGUGAAAAUCAGUGAUGUUCAUUACAUAAAUGUGAAAGGAUCAUCAAUCUCUCCAGUAGCAGUUCAACUGAAGUGCAGUAAGCAAUUCCCUUGUCAAAACAUCGAGAUGUUUAAUAUCAAUUUGAAAUAUACUGGCCCUCCAAAUAAAGAAUUGCCAUUUAUUGCUCAAUGUAGCAAUGCAAAAGUAGGCUACAGAGGCCUUCAAUUUCCACCUCCUUGCAAAUGAUCCAUCCAUCAUCUUCAAGCUGCAGCUGAAGUUCGAUUGUUUUUGUUUUUGUUUUUUUUUUUUUUUUGAUAAUUCUUUUCUUCUUUUUUUGGGGUCCUGUUUAUGUCUCGAUGAAGCUUAAUCUGUAACAUGGCAAGAUAGAUAAAGCAUGUUACAAUUGUUUGAUGCUUCUCAAUCUUAAUUUAAUGCAAAAAAAAAAAAAAAAAAAAAAAAAAAUUUGAAAAUCAGUUCUUUUUUAA